GAAUAGUAAUCAUUACAGGAAUUUAAAAACCUCAUAAAACCGAUAACAUGAUCAAUUGAGAUGUUAGUAGCGCGUGAAGAAGGUUCAAUACUAGACAAUGUCAAAGUCGGCUGCAGUUGCCUUGACUCUAGUACUUGGGAUUUUCCUCAAUCAAUGCGUUGUUACCGGAAAAAGGUAUACAAGAUGCGGUCUCACGAAUUUAUUGAAUGAUCUUGGAUUUGAACGUUCGUAUAUCGGACAUUGGGUAUGUUUGAUUGAGAGUGAGAGUGGUAAAAAUACAUCUAAGGUUUCAACCAGAGCGAAUAAUAGACUUGGACUCGGACUUUUUCAAAUUUUAAGUAGAGAUUGGUGUACUUUCCGUAAGAGAGGAGGGAUGUGCAAUGUUCAUUGUGAAGAUAUGCUAGAUGAAUAUUUAAUCGAUGAUGCAAAUUGUGCUAAAAAAAUAAUGCAAGAGCUAGGUUUCAAAGCUUGGAAUGGUUGGAAGAGGGGUUGCAAAAACAGAAAUCUACCAAUGCCGCUAUGUUGAUGGAACAAAACAAAAUUGAGAAAGAAUUGUGAUUGUAUAAAUAUAAGUGAAUAUUUUAUUUUUUUUUGUCUAUGCAAAGAAUUAAUAACACCGAAUAAAACCAUAAAAUAUUA